AUGGGAUCCAGCGUCUUUGAACUAGCCAUCACACCCCCACGACCUCGUCAGCAACCCAAGAAGCUGUCGAGUGCGGUCUCAACCCCCGCAGCAGCAGCAGCAGCAGCAGCAGCAACAACAACAACAACAACGGUGCUGAUCUCGCCCCUGCGCGAAGGUUCACUCAACCACCCGCAAGAGCCUCCUGUGCCUCUGUCGCAGCAGCGGUCUUCGUCGUCCUUGACGCACCUAUCGACCUCGCCUCGGUCUCCGAGCUCGAGCACGAGCAUACUGCAAGAACACACACUCGCUCACCCCAUGCCAGAUCGCACCAACGGCCUCGGUCGCACCACUUCGUUCGGCGAGCCGUCGUCCUUUUCGAGGAGUACGAGCGCGGGUGACAUGUCCAUGGUCGACGACGACGACGACGACGACGACCGUCAGCGCAGUAACCGGUUGCAGGAUGAGCAACUUGAUCUCGAAAACGACGAAUGGCAGCACGAGCACGAUCACGAUCAGGAUGGCGACCUCAAACCCGAUACGGUCCUGGACGAGGGCCAGGACGAUAGCGAUGAUGAGCAGGACCAAGUGUACAAGCCCGUACUACAUGGUCAGUCAGAAUGAUCGCCUUUCCGCACCACCAGCCACUGAGCAACCCACUUUCCUCACCCAGUCGAAGUCCGUCUCAAACCGACGGGCUCCGUUCGGACCGACACCUUGCGCACCAUCGUACGACAAUACCUCCUAGCCGACGAUCCAUCGGAGAUCACCGUAGGACAGAACUGCGAGCUCGAUUCGGCUUGGACGAGGAUCGCCGUUCUGGAUAUGUACGUCGAGAGGAUAUGGAUCGCCGAAUCGGGUCAGUCCCUUCUGGCGACCGAUUCUUCACGUGGUGAUGCUGACCGGACAGUUCACGAGCCAGACUACCCGCAUACGACCGUCCCCCUCUCCCAAGUCGAACUCGAGAUCCACCUCUACCAACCCGCGCUUUCGUCCCGCACCUCGGACUGUUUCAUCUCCACCGCAGACGACGACUACGAGAACCAAGCCAACGAGGACGACGGACCUGCCGCUUCCGUCCUUGAACUACCUUCCCUUUCUUUGGAAGGGAUCUGGGAUAAUCUGAUCUAUGAGGAACCGGUCAAGGAGAAUUUGUUGAAUUAUAUUCAUUCGUCGAUGGAGUUUUCGGACCACGACGUCGAUUUCAAUAUCGUUUCGUGGAACAGGUGCGGGUCAUUUGCCUCAGCGUUUGUGCAGCUGACAGCAGCUGACGAUCAGGUUUUGGUACUCAGGGUAUGCCUCUUGCAUGGUCCUCCAGGAUCAGGUAAAACGUCGCUCUGUCGUGCCCUAGCGCAAAAACUCGCCAUUCGUCUCUCCACAACGUGAGUGAGGCCCAUCGGGACCACCAACCAUCAUGGAACAACUGGAUCACUCAUCCGGCCUUGAACCCACAGCUAUCGCUUCGGUCGACUCAUCGAGAUCAACUCGCAUUCCCUCUUUUCGAAAUGGUUCUCCGAAUCGGGCAAAUUGGUGCAGAAGCUCUUCGCGAGCGUGACGGAGAUGGUCGAGGAUGAGGAAGGUUUUGCGGUGGUGCUGAUUGGUAGGUGGUCCAAUCGGUCUGCACGCUCAGAGGAGAACGUACUGCUGAGCUCAUGUGAGCCCUACAGAUGAAGUGGAGAGUCUUACCGCUGCUCGAGCGGGGGCCAUGUCGGGCAAAGAGCCCUCUGACGCUUUACGGGUAAGGUGGCCGAAGAACUACUGAAGCGCCGAGGCUUCGGUACCUCUCGCUCAGGAGUCGUUCGUCCUCUUACAGGUCGUCAAUGCGUUAUUGACUCAAUUGGACAAGCUCAAGACGCGCAAGAAUUGCCUCGUCAUCACGACGUCCAACUUGUCCGAAGCGAUUGGUGAGCUACACCCUCGACAUUUAGUCAUUCAAAGUACUCGGACUGAGUUUGCUCAUCGACGUUACAGAUCCGGCCUUCAUCGACCGAGCGGAUAUCAAGCAAUACGUCGGAUUGUACGUCAAUUCGAACCUCCACUCCAAUGUGCCCCUACUAACUCACCGAACCCCCUUAUUCACCUCGUCUAGACCGCCACCCCCCGCAAUCUAUUGGAUCCUGCGCACCUCGCUCCUCGAACUCAUGUCCAAACGGAUGAUACGCCCCCAAUCACUGCUCACCUACGACCAACUUUCUAAAAUACGACUCCCCUCCACCCCCGAAGGAACAAGCUCGAGUCCAAGUCAUCGCUUAUUCGACCUUGCAACUGAAUGUCGAGGGAUGAGUGGGAGGACGUUGAGGAAGUUGCCCAUUUUGGCCCAUUCGAAAUUCUUGACUAAGCAGGUUUUGAAAAGCAGGGCUGGCUCGAACGGUAGGGGUUUGAAGUUGGAGAGAUGGUUGGAGGCGCUGGAAUGGGUCGUGAGGGAGGAGAAGAGACAAAAGGGGUUGAUUGAGGGUGCGGGCAGGAAAGAGGGAUUUUUAGAGGGGGGACGGAUGUGA